AUGGCGGCCCUGGAGCGGCCCGUGCCCAGUCCCGAGGCGUUCCUGGGCCAGCCCUGGGCCGCCUGGGUGCGGGAGGCCGCCCUCCCGCACGCGCACGGCGCCGCCCCCCCGCACAGUGUAGAGCUAGAAGAGACUGGAAAAGAGGGUGGAAAAAGCAGGGAGGUGAUGAGGCUUAAUAAAGAAGAUAUGCACUUAUUUGGCCAUUAUCCAGCUCAUGAUGAUUUCUAUCUAGUAGUGUGCAAUAUCUGCAAUCAGGUAGUCAAGCCACAGGUUUUCCAGUCACACUGCGAACGACGACACGGUUCAAUGUGUAAGCCUUCCCCGUCUCCAGCAUCUCCACCCUGCAAUUCCCGGGCAUCACUACUACAGAUGAAACCGAAAUCCUGUAUCGGCGGCCAUAACUCUGUCAGCAACAACUCAAAGCCAUUUAAAACGCCCAAAGACAAUCUACUUACCUCCACUAGCAGACAACACAUGGUCUUUCCUUCAAAAGCAUCGAGGGAUAAGCCUUGUGUUCCUGUUCCUGUAGUCAGUCUAGAGAAAAUCCCUAACCUAGUGAAGGCAGAUGGUGCCAAUGUUAAAAUGAACUCCACAACCACUACCACCAUCACCACUUCCUCAGCCUCCUCAUCUACCAUACCUGCUCCAACCUUGGUUAAAUCUGCUUUGACAUCUAAAUCAGUACCACCAUCACCAGAAAAGAUCCUGAACGGCAAAGGCGUCCUAGCUCCAUCAAUAGACAAGAAGCAUCAGAACGGGACGAAAAACGGCAACAAGCCCUACAAGAGACUUUCAGAAAGAGAGUUUGACCCAAAUAAACACUGUGGAGUAUUGGAUCCCGAGACUAAGAAACCCUGCACGAGAUCACUCACCUGCAAGACUCAUUCGCUUAAUCAUCGGCGAGCAGUUCCAGGCCGCAAGAAACUGUUUGACGUCCUUCUAGCAGAACACAAAGCCCGAUCCCGGGAAAAAGAAGGGGCAAAAGAUAAGGAGCAUCCACAGUCUCUUAGGGAAAUGCAGCAGAGCCAACCUGUACCAGCACAAGACUCUUUAUCAGGAACUUCAGUAAACUCUGGGCAAGAACCUAAAGGGACAUCGCCUGCAAAAUCUAGACCACCCAAUUCAUUAUUUCCUAGACCCUCCUCUACAAAUAGCAUAAAUAGUACCAGUUCUUCAAACCACAGUGGGUAUGCGCAGGAAGUGCCUUUGACUUCCAUGUCGGGAGACUUGCCUAGUCGAUUAUCUAGCGAUGAAGGGGAAUUGGAUGGAUCUGAAGAAUCUGAAAAAUUAGACUGCCACUAUUCUGGACACCAUCCACGGCCUCUUGGGUUUUGUUCAUUUGGAAGUCACCUGAUGGGAAGAGGGUACUACGUCUUCGAUAGAAGAUGGGAUCGUUUUCGACUUGCGUUAAAUUCUAUGGUAGAAAAACACUUGAAUUCCCAGAUGUGGAAGAAAAUCCCUCCUGCGGUCGAUAGCCCUAUGCCCUCUCCAGCAGCACAUAUCACAAGCCCUUUCCCAGCAUCGGUUUUGCAGCCUUUCAGCAACCCUAGUUCAGCGUAUAUUCCCUCGGCGCCAGUGAGCUCAAGAAUUCCUUCUUCCUACAUAAUGACUUCAGCCAUGGCCUCCAGUGCAGCUUUUGCAACAACGUCUGAUACAAAUUCCAUGACGUCACAUGCCGCCACUUUCCCCCACGUUGCUGCCAGUCUGAGUAUCGUCGACUCGACUUUUAAGACUCCAUCAGCCAUGUCGCCGGCACCGGCCGUCAUUCCUUCCCCAUCCCACAAGCCAUCCAAAACAAAAACCAGCAAAUCCUCAAGAGUCCGAGAUCUGUCCUGCCGCAGCGACGAGUCUUCGAAUAACAAAAAGAAAAGGCCACCGUCUUCUUCCUCCACGCUGUCCUUGCAGACUUCCUCUUCCUCGUCUUCAUUUUCAGGGUCCCACAAAAAGAACUGUAUCUUGAACCCAAGUUCCGCUUUGAACUCUUACCAGGCGACAUCUUCCUUUAACAGUAUGUCUGUGCACAGCACAAACAAUGGAACAACCCCACUCAGUGCCAAAUUGGAGCCCUCAGGACGGACUUCGUUAUCAAGUAGCUCAACAGACUCAGUGAAACACAUGAGCAUUGUAGUCAGCAGUAUUGACUCCUCUAGCUUGUCUAUUCCUUCCCUCGUUCAUCAUUCUGGGGACCACUCCCUGGGAGCACACAAUGCAGUGUCUUCUCUACCCCUUUGUUUUGACAAAUCAGAAGGGAAAAAGCGUAAAAACUCUAGUUCUAGUAGCAAAGCCUGUAAAAUCACUAAAUUGCCUGGUAUGAAUAGUGUUCAUAAAAAGAGCACUGCCAACCUUAUUUCUACGGUGCCAGAUACUCCAAACAGUUCCAUCUCUCGACAGAUUGGAAAAAACAGCAGCGUAACUUUGCCUCAAUCCAGUCCUUCAAGUGUAACGAAUCCAGUGCACAACAAACAAAAGACAAUAAACCGGACGGGUAGGAUAAGGACUCUUCCAUAAUGAGGAAAGCAACCAGCCUAUAAUCUUUAGCUCUUAGCAGCCCUACUCUAGAGUUACUUGUUUAUUUUCUGUGUCCUGCAGAUGGUUUUAAUUUACAUAGAUUCGUGGUGGUUUUUUUAAAUUGAAAUCUACAAAAAGAUUGUAAAAGUGAUUUAUUUUUUGUUCAUACAUUGGCCUCCGAUCUGUGCAAUCUGGUUUGAUUUGGAUUGAUGCCUUUUUAAGCAAAUUGUUGCAUUGUUGUUUCUGUAACAAUGACAGCAGUGGACAUUCCAAACUUAUGCCAUGUGUGGCUAAAAUGUAUUUAACCUCCCCCACACAUACAAACCGUUUGUUAUUUCAAAUUGACGGUAACUUCUGUAUUUAUUGUUGCCCUGUGGUUAAACAAUUGCCAAGUGCAUUUCUCAACAGCAGCUAACAUUGGGGAAGUAUUUUGCUCCCACAAGUUUUGUUGACUUCUGCUGGUGAGUUCAGUGUGUGACGUCUCCUCCUGAUCAUGAUGGUGUUCCUAAACCUCUCAGUGCCUGAAGGGGUUAAUGCACCUUGCUCCCAUUGGUAGGAUCACUGCAUAAAAAUGUCUUCACGGGUCGAUGGAGGGCCUUGAAGAAUCCAUGCUACUCUUCUCCUUAAUGAAAGAAUUUGUGUUUUUGCGGAGACAGGAGUUGGACAUACUGAAUUUGCAUCAGUUGAAUUGCACUGUCAAUGUUUUACAGGAAUUACUGAAUAAUUUUUUAUAAAAGUAGAUUUUGUAAUCAGAAAAUCAGUAAUACUAGGUAGGGUACUGCAAAAUUACUACAGAGGAGUUAAGUUUUAUUUCUACAGUGUUAAAAAGUGCACUUAUAUGCUGGUUUAUUUACAUCUUGUGGGUAAAGGAGAAAAGAAUGCAAAAAGGGAGAGAUGGAUACUUUUUUCUUUUUUAAAGAAAGGCCUAAGGCAGGUUUUAAAACUUAUAAAAUGUUUAACAGUUGUAAACAAGAAUAGGCCCUUUGGGGGUGGGUGGGAAUAGAAGAUAUUCUUAAGGUAAAUUUUAUAGUGUUAAUUUUGUAAUAAUUUAUGUUUUGCUAUAUUUUGGAGCCGACAGAAAUAGUUUCAUGAACAACAUGAAACUUAGGAACGGUUAAGCAAUGUUUUAUAUUCUUCAUGUACUUUGAGUUAUGUUUUAAUUGUACAUUUCUUCAGGCAGAAAAAAUGUGUACAUAUCUUUGUUAUUUUUGCACAGGUCUUUUUUGUCUUCAGUUUUAGGAGCAAAGCCUUGUUUAUUAGUGUUUUUUAAAAAUAAUUUAUUUUGUGUUGUACAACUGCAGGAGUUUUUAAAUCUCAAUAACACCCUCUGUUUGGUGAACGACCAUUUCUAUUUCCAGAGGAGAUUCAGUGACUGCUUCUUAAAUUUAAUAGCAGUCUUAGUGACUGAAGGAGGAAUUCAGUCGUGUUAAGGUUUGUUUUUUACUCUUAACAUGCAUUUUGUGUAGGAAUCGGAACUGUGGUGACACAGAGAGUGUUUUUUGAAUGCUGCUUAUAUAUGUAUACUUUUUUAAAACUGGCUUAGGCCUGACAGCAUUUUGGAAACUUAAGUAUCAAAUGAACCCCCCCCCCCAAAUCUUUUUUUGUCCCCUACAUUUUAAAACAAUUUUAUUGGUAAAAAAUGUUCAGCCUGAGAAGUAAAAUUAUUUUUAGAAAAGGAUAUAAAUUGGACCAGCCUAUAAUGUAUUUUAAUGUACCAUUCAUUCAACUCUUUUUUCCCCCGUCCCUAUUUUCCCCCCUGAAGACUCUGAUUCGUUUCCAGCAAUAGAGGCUCAGCAGCUUUGGUUGUUACACAUACGCAAUGCAUAGGCCUGUCAGCCAUAUUUAAAAUUUUAAAAAGCGCGCAACUUGGGUAACUUGUAUGCCUUCUUUUGUAUCAAUGUUAACAAUUGUACAUAGUGCUGAUCAACCUUUGUAGAGAAUAGUUUUUACAGCAUAUUCUAUUGCUGAUUCUCAGUGAUCUAUUGUUUAAAAGAAGAAAAAUAAAUUUUUUCUAUUUACACCUUAUAUUUUGUUAUGCUGUUGACCCAUGGCACUUUAACAAAACUCUGUGGGUUUUGCAUAGCUGGUCAGUCAUGGGGAGUAUAAACCAUUGCACAGAAAUGAAUUUGCACCUCCUCUGUUGUGCUUUCCUACUACAGAUUUUAGAAUCUUUUUCCAGAAGACUUUUGAAGAAAGCAUGUCCAAUCAUUCUGAAAGAAAAAUGCCAUACAUGUACAGUCAAUUUCUUUUCUACAAGCCCAUAUUUUGUAACACUAAGUAUUUUCAUUCUUCUGCACCUUUUAUGUAUUAGCAGUAUCAGAGAGACCCAUUCCAUGCUUGUGAUAAUUGUAAGUGUUGAAAGUAGGUGUAAAUAGCAAACUUUAUGGCUUACAGUUUUGAAAAAAGGAACAAAAAAAGAACAAACAUGUAUCUGACUGAUACUGCCAUGGUUCAACACCAGGCCUGGAGAUAUUCUCUAGUGAGCGAUUGUAUUAUUUGUUUGUUUUUUGAGGUUUUUGCUUUAUUAUUAUUAUUAUUUUAUUAUUAUUUUUUGUAA